AAUAAAAAUCCUGUUUUUCUCGUCUCUGCCCAUAUCCAAACCCCGCACCGCAUCGCUCCUCUUCCACUCCUUCCCCUCCCGUAGCAUGUCCGCCGGAGAGCAAUCUCCCCGCAGCUCGGCCAGACUUACUCGCGCGGCUGCGAUGAACGUUGUCAAAGGGAAGUCGCAGGCGUGGCAGCCCUGUAACAAGAAGAGAUCUUGACUUCCGGGGAGGCGGCGGAUUUGGGAAUUUCCUGUUGCCGUCUGCCGUUUUUUUGGUGGGGGUUGAGUGGGAAGAGAAGGGGAGGAAGAAUGGCUUCGGUGGGGAGGAUGACGAGGGUUGGGAAGUACGAGCUAGGCCGGACGCUCGGCGUGGGGACCUUCGCCAAGGUGAAGUUUGCCAAGAGCGUGGAGACAGGGGAGUGCGUCGCCAUCAAGAUUCUCGACAAAGAAAAGAUCUUGCGGCAUAAGAUGGUCGGUCAGAUAAAACGUGAGAUCUCAACAAUGAAACUGAUCAGACAUCCGAAUGUCAUACGGAUGUAUGAGGUGAUGGCUAGCAAGACAAAGAUAUACAUAGUUAUGGAAUUUGUGACUGGGGGCGAACUCUUUGACAAGAUUGCUCGUAAUGGAAAAUUAAAGGAGGAUGAAGCUAGAAAAUACUUUCAACAACUAAUUAAUGCUGUAGAUUAUUGCCAUAGUAAAGGAGUUUUUCAUCGGGAUCUUAAGCCUGAGAAUCUCUUGUUGGAUGCCACUGGUACUCUUAAGAUCACAGAUUUUGGACUCAGUGCAUUACCUCAGCAAGUUCAUGAGGAUGGAAAACUUUACACUACAUGUGGUACUCCAAAUUAUGUUGCACCUGAGGUUGUCAAGCACAAAGGUUAUGAUGGAGCCAAGGCAGAUUUAUGGUCGUGUGGCGUAAUCCUUUACAUCCUCAUGGCAGGAUUUUUGCCUUUCGAAGAUUCCAACCUAAUGUCAUUAUACAAAAAGAUCUUCAAAGCUGACUUCUCCUGUCCGCCCUGGUUUUCGACAAGUGCCAAGAAAUUGAUUCAGAGGAUUUUAGAUCCAGACCCUUUAACUCGCAUAACAAUUCAACAAGUCAUUGAGAAUGAUUGGUUUAAGAAGGAUUAUCAGCCGCCCCACUUUGAAACAGCUGAUAUUAAUCUUGACGAUGUAGAUGACAUCUUCAAUGAGUCAAGGGAGCUAUCAGAUAUGGUUGUUGAGAGACGUGAAGAAAAGCCAGUCGUAAUGAAUGCCUUUGAACUCAUCUCUAAGUCUCAGGGUUUUAACCUUGGCACACUUUUCGACAAGCAAAUGGGCCAUGUCGAGCGUGAAAUAAGAUUUACGUCAAAGCUCCCUGCAGAUGAGAUACUUUCGAAAAUUGAAUCAGCAGCAAAACCUCUGGGAUUUAGUGUCAAGAAACAUAAUUACAAGAUAAAGCUUGAAGGAGAAAAACCUGGGAGGAAAGGGCAUUUAGCUAUUGCGACCGAAGUUUUUGAAGUAGCACCCUCAUUGCAUAUGGUGGAGCUUCGCAAGUCGAAGGGAGACACAUUCGAGUUUCACAAGUUUUAUGAAACCAUCACAACGGGCCUGCAGGAUAUCAUCUCGAAGACGCAUGUGGAAACUAGUGGAUCUGUUAGGACUUAAAACCCGCAAGUUGAGAUGAUAUGUUUAUUAUACAUAGUGCAAUAUCGACGAGUCAUUAUUCUGAUUACCUUGUAGAAACCGGGAAAGGGAGACGAAGAUGUUCUUGGCCGUGCCACUCUUUUGCGAACCCGAUCAUGAUGUGCAUUUGGGAUACAUAAACCAAACUUGAGAUCAAUAGCAGAAUAGCUUGCUUUGAUGUGUAGUAGUUAUUGUUCAUCUCGACUGUUAAAGUGGAAGUUUGUUUCUUUUUAAGAGUCUAGUCCAUGUCCAAAAGCAAAAGGUUCGACUAAUAUUAAACAUGUCACUCGAAAUAUUUGUAAUGAUAAUAUUAUUAUAAAAUUUUUAUCAUUAUUGCAUUA